AGAGAGAGAAAGAUUAUCACACCCCAUUCACUGACUCAGUGUCAGUGUGAAAGAGGCAGCACUAAUCUCGAUUUUAAAACGUUCACUUUAACGGCUUCGCCAGGAUUCGCAGUGUUCUCGCUGUGCUAGACACCUAUUUAAAUUGCAACUCGUUUUGAACAAAAUAAGAAAUUUCUACGUGAAGAGCAAUGCAAUGAAUUCUGCCAGAAGAACUAUGAAGAGCUGUAAAAUAAUUUGGAGAUGCCAGAUAUUCCGUGAAGUUGUGUGCGCGCCACUCAUAUGCGCCUAUAGAGCCUGAGUGUUCUUGUGUCAUGGGCUCCAUUUAUUAUGUGGAUUCAUGCAAAGUUAUCUGGAAUGAACUAGACAUGUGGAUCAUGUAGCAGUCGCUUGAAAGAGGAAUUACGUGUCUGCUGUCUUCGGCACCUGGAAUAGCCUACCUGCGUGACAGAUGGAGAACGGAAAAUAUGCUUUAUGUAAUCGUGUGGGAAACUCACAGCCGUCUGGUUAUAUCGUCUGAGAAGGGGAUGAGAUUUCAGUCUUAGUUCACAGGAUCCUCUGGAUUUUUCGCAAGGAGUUGGAAUGAUAUCUGGCUAAUUUUGCGCAGACAAUCCAGUCUUGUUUAUCUAUUAUUCCCAGUUAUCGCGUUAACAGCUGCAACCGUCAAACAGCUGAACUGAAUACUCGAGAUGGCCGCGAUCGCCAGUUCUCUGAUCCGACAAAAACGCCAGGCGCGGGAAUCCAACAGCGACCGGGUAUCUGCCUCCAAACGUCGCCCCAGUCCCAGCAAAGACCCCCGCUCUAUCUGCGAGCGACAUUUCCUGGGGGUCUUCAGUAAAGUCCGCUUCUGCAGCGGCAAGAAAAGACCUGUUCGCCGGCGACCAGAUGCACCCUCGAAACCUCCACAGGUGUCCCGUAAGGGCGUCAGGCUAGAGCCGCAGCUGAAAGGCAUUGUGACACGACUGUUCAGCCAGCAGGGUUUUUACCUGCAGAUGCAGCCAGAUGGAACCAUCGAUGGCAUCAAGGAUGAGAACAGCGACUACACUCUUUUCAAUCUCAUCCCGGUCGGCUUAAGGGUGGUGGCCAUUCAGGGAGUCAAAGCAGGUUUCUACAUCAGCAUGAAUGCGGAGGGCUUCCUCUACAGCUCAGUAAGAGUCUCCUUUCUCAGUUUGCAUGUAUGUGUGUGUAUAUGUGGCAUAAUGCUGUUUUCUUGGAACUCGUUUAUUUUUCGAGCUCAGCCUCAUUUGCAUAAAAAGUGAAAAGUACUGCAUUCCUGCAGAAAAUCUUGCCUUUACCAUCUUGAUUCAGUGGUUAAAGUUUUGCAUUGUAAAAUCCAAAGAAGUUGCUUCGUAUAGCAUGGGUUACAGUGUAAGAGCACAGUGUAAGGCUGUGUUCCCUGUGGGCUUCAGCUAUGCUGAAUUGACAGACAUAUGUUUUUUUUUACCCCCACUCAGCCAGAAGUUAAAAACAGGUUUGUGGAAAAGUGUUGGAGUGAGUUACCGACUUCCACGUACUUA